AUGCGUCCAUUUUCUCGAGCCGCCCUGCGGCCAUACAUCUGUCCGUCAUGCCGGCAUGGCAUUGGGGCCGGCCGACGACGUUUAGGGACCCAGCUGGGAUCUCCUGACAUCUACGACGUUGUCUGCGUCGGAGGCGGGCCCGCCGGCCUAGGGCUAUUGGCAGCACUUCGUGCAUCGCCCGCUACCUCGAAGCUCAAGGUCGCACUUGUUGAGACUCAAGAUCUCCGCAAAGCCCAAGCCUGGGAUCUCGAGCCGAACCAAUUCUCGAACCGCGUCAGCAGCCUCACCCCCUCGUCGGUGUCGUUCUUGCGCAGCAUUGGCGCCUGGGGGCAUCUAGAUGCGGGCCGUGUGCAGGACUACCAGGAAAUGCAGGUAUGGGACGGCGAGACCGGGUCCCGAAUAUCCUUUGACUGGUCAGCGGAGACAUCGCCGUUCGAGGACUUGCGGACUGUUGCGACCAUGACCGAGAACGCAAAUCUCGUGCGCGCCUUGCUGAAGCGCAUCGCUGUGUCGGGUGACGAGAACCUGUCGCUCUUUUCUAACACCACAGUCGCCUCCAUCGAGAACGGGUCUGAUCUCCAGCCUGACGGCGCUGACCUGUCGGCCUGGCCUGUUCUCUCGGUCAAACCAACUGGUCCUGCUGGGACGGCGCAAGCGCCUUCCCGCAUUGCGGCCAGACUGCUGGUGGGUGCCGACGGGAUUAACAGCCCCGUGCGGUCUUUCGCUGACAUCUCCACCCACGGCUGGGACUACAACCGACACGGGGUUGUCGCGACACUUGCGCUUGCGGACCCAGACACGACCCCCUUCCCGGCCCAUCUGCGCACAGCGUACCAGCGCUUCCUGCCGACACUGGGCGGGCCGAUUGCGCUGCUCCCGCUGCCAAACAACCACGCCACGCUGGUCUGGUCGACGACACCCGAGCACGCCGCGUACCUGAAGUCACUCUCUCCCGCAGCCUUCCUCGCCAUGGUAAACGCCGCCUUCCGGCUCUCCAUGACCGACCUCUCCUACAUGAUGCGCAUGGAUGGUUCCCCGCCCACUCCUCUCCCCACCUCCAGCACCGAGCAGCAAGACACCACCACCCCGCACGAAGCAGAGCUAGCCUGGCGUCUCCAGCACACUCCGGUCCCUUCACACAUCCCUCCCUCCGCCACAGCCCUGCAACCAGGCACCGUCGCCUCGUUCCCCCUCCGCUUCCGCCACGCCGCUCAGUACGUCUCGCCGCGCGUUGCCCUCGUCGGCGACGCCGCCCAUGUCAUCCACCCGCUCGCCGGUCAGGGCCUCAACCUCGGCCUCGCCGAUGUCGCCGCCCUCGCCCGCACCAUCUCCUAUGCGGUCUCCCAUGGCAUGGACGUCGGCGACCUUCUCACCCUUGAGCGCUACUCGUCUGAGCGCUACCUGCCCAAUGCGAAGAUCGGCGGCGCUUGCGAUCUCCUGCAUAAGAUGUACUCUGUCCCUGGUCAAGGUCCUGUUACCUGGGCUCGCAGCUUGGGUCUCGAUGCUAUUGACCGCUUGCCGUUUGUGAAGUCGUUCCUGAUGAAGAAUGCUGAGGCUUAG